AUGGGCCGGAAAUCAGCCACGGCAACGUCGACCACGGGCCCAAGUCCCCGAAGGCGCAAAUCAGUGGCCAAGAAGACCUCAGUUCUAGAGGAAAGGCAUAUAUGGGACUCCACUGCCCGCUCCUUUCUUGAAUUCGUCGCUGUGACAGCGUGCAGUCUGGGGUUGAGCACGUUGCUGUUCUCCCUGAGUGUGCCGAUCACGCAGGGUGAUCUUGCGUGGACGAGUAAGCAUUUGGAUUCGUGGGUGUAUGUUGCGGCAUUGCUGGGAUGGCGUGUGCUAGAGAUUGGAACGGCGUGGGCGCUGGGAUAUGACGCUCGCGAUAUAACCAGCUUCGUUGGACUCAUCAAUCUCCCGACGUACGUCCUUCUCUACAGCUUCUACGGCCUUCGACCGACGACUAUCCUUACAGUCGCCGCCAUCAAUACCAUCUCCACCACGUUGCCGUUCUUCUACUUCCGACGCACCAAUCGCAUCCACUCUCUAACAACUUCAUUUGAACGCCCCGUCCUCACCGAUCGCCCAACCGCAAUUUACACUUCUCUCGUCUCGGCGGCCAUUUACACAGUCGCACUCUACCUGAGCUUUGCGACCUGGCUACCCACAUUUCUCGUUACCCAUUUUGAGGGUCUACCUAGUAUUCAAGCCGCAUACGAGGGCGCGAAAGGGCUUAUACCCAUGUUUGUCAGUCUCUUGCCUGCCGGUUAUGCUGCACGGGACUUCCUGUUCGUUAGCUCUAUUGGCCAGCCUCAUGCGGAGGAUGAGGGACCGGAGUACGUGAAGCGCCAAGGGGAGUUAUUCGUGACGUCUUUGCAUCGAAAGCAUUGGGCUCCUCUGCCUGCGAAAAGAAAGACGUUGACUGCCCGAACAAUAUCCUUGGCUGCAAUGACCUUUGCUAACACGGUUGUCCAGCUUGUGGGGACGAUCAAUGGAGUGGGCAUUGAGGGAGCGGUAGGAUGGGCGCUGAUUUGGACGGCAGCGAAUCUUGCUAAUGGCAUGGUGUACGGAUGGAUUGAUGCGGGGGAUGCUUUGGAUAUAGAUUCUAGGGCAUCGCGGAGAUGA